AUGGACGCCUUGGUCGAGGACUCGGUCAAGCUCUUUCCCGAAGUCUUUGCGCAUCUUGCCGCAGUCGAAGCGGAACCUGGCUUGCCACUGGAUGAGGAACUUCUAAAACGUGCAGACAGGAACCUUACUCCUACCUCCCCAAAAGACCUGUUAUGGAGAGUGCUACGCACAGGCGAACAGCUAUUGCAAACGCUCCAACAAGACCCCCGACCGCUUACCCGGCUCCUGGAGCGAGUCAUCUCACUCCUGCCCUUCGACGAGCUCAGAUCCACCAUAUCUGCCGAGAAGCUCCAAGAAGGCCUGACUUCCCCUUCAGUUGCGAUCCAAUUACUUUGCCUAGCAUAUCUGCGGAAAGCCGCAGACUCGCCAAGUGGCGCCUCUUUCGUUGCGACCAAUUCAAGUCUUGUUCAGUGUCAGUUCACCAUCUGGUUGUCAUCGGAAAGCACCGAGGUUGCAGAACGUUCCCUGGAGGUGCUUGAAGCGUUGCUCGCUGUCGACAGCCAAAAUAGCACAACGGUGUUAUCCGCAGGUCGUAACUUUGCGGAAGCACAAGGACAAGGCCUGCUUUGGCGCAGAGUAUUCCACGAUCCUGACGUAUACACAAUCCUCUUCGAAUGGACUUCACUGACGAAAUCGAAACGAGAUAUCAAAACCAAGAAGGGUAUGCAGCUCGUUACCAUUUCUCAAGCACGACUGUUCGACUUCAUCGCGAGAGUCGCACCUUAUGACUGGAGUGCAGUGACGACUUCUUCAUUGGCCCAUGUCGAGGCCCAGUUCUUGAAAGAUAAUGAUGGCAGUGAUCCAUUUGGUGGCAUCCUUCGAUAUGCGGCCUCCCACAUGAUUGACAGCCAAGAUAUUCUGAUGGAGGUGCUGCGUCAAGAUUUUUUCGUCAAACUACUUGGAGUGGUGGAGGAGAGCAACAGACAAAAUGUAUCUCCCCAGCUACUGGAGGCUAUCCAACAGGGUGCAGGGAUUACAGGAACACAAGACGGAGAAAGUGGCGGCCUUCACCUCUAA